AUGAAGACUGAAAUAUUGAGUAAAGCAAUUCACAGUUGGAGGCAGCUGUUGGACGCACGGGAUCUCCGGGUAGUCUUUUUUGUUAGUCUCUUCUUGCAAACCUUUCUAUUCUUUUCUGCGCCUUUGAGAAAGCGAGUGUCUACGCCUUAUGUAGUCAUGGCCAUAUGGUUGGCAUACACGCUCGUAGACAGUAUUGUCAGUUAUGCCAGUAGACUCGUCAUCUCCAAUAGAGUAAGCGACUCCUCCUCCUCCGGUGGUCCUUCCUCUGCUAAUCCGGAACUUGUAGCAUUUUGGGCUUCCUUUCUUUUGAUACACCUUGGCUGUCCCGAUACCAUCACUGCUUUUGCGCUCGAGGACAAUGAGCUGUGGCGCAGGUACGUCAAUCAGCUGGUAACCCAGUGGAGCUUUCCUGCUUCUAUUUCUAUCACCAAACUUUACAAAACCAAGCUUUUGCUCCCAAAUUCAAUCAUCAUUGUCGCGGGGUUGUUAAAGUAUACUGUGCGGGUCCGUUCUCUCUAUCUUGCUAGCUUUCAUGGAUUCCGACAGUCAUUGCUCACAAAACCAGAUCCGGGGCCAAAUUACGCCAAGCUCAUAGAUGUAUACUUUUCAAAGAAAGAAGCAAACCUUCCAACCCAAAUAGAAAUUAUUCAAGAACCCAAAAGAAUUCCCAAAGCUACCCAUGAUCAAGACAAACUGACUCCUUUGACAGAUUUGGAGGUGGUGCAACAUGCUUACCGCUUUUUUCAGACUUUCAAAGGACUAAUCGUUGAUCUCAUAUUCAGCUUCCGUGAGCGAGACCAGAGCCGAACCUUCUUCCUCAACAGAACAGCAAGAGAAGCUUUUAAAGUGGUAGAGGUAGAACUCAAUUUCUUCUAUGAAAUUCUCUACACCAAGGCCCAGGUGCUGCAAAGUAAAUUUGGAUAUUUUCUUCGGUUGGUUUCAUUCCUAUUAAAUUUGGUAGCCCUUGGGCUUUUCUGUAAGAUUGACAAGCGUGGAUUUCAUAAGGUUGAUGUUGGAAUCACCUACAUCUUGCUCCUUGCUACCAUUGCCCAUGAUAUAAUAGCUUUGGGCAUGUUCCUUUUAUCUGAUUGGACUUCUGUGGCCCUCACUGAAUCCGACAAUCCAUCCUUUAUUGUUAGAAUCCUCAGGAAAUCCCUCAAUGUUAAUAGGGAAAGGUGGCCUGAUCAAGACUCUAGCUCUACCCAGCAUUGGACCCGUUCGUUUGGGUGGUGUAAGCAAAUCAAGCACCGCAGGUGGUCUGAAUCUCUCUGUCAAUACAACUUGAUACAUUAUUGUCUGAAUACACGUUCAGAAUGGUUGGAAAAAUUGAUUGGCUGUUUCGGCCUUACUAAUAUGCUAGACGGGUUGGAUUAUGUGGAAACGAUGAAAUUCACUGAUGGCUUAAGGGACCUUAUCUUCAAGGAGAUGAAAAUGAAAUCUCAGAUGGCUGAUGAUUUAGAAACUGCGAAAGAGAUAUCUGUGGCUAGAGGUGAUUGGGUUCUUCAAAUUGAACGUUGCACCGAGUUACUCCCUUGGAUCAAUGAGGUCAACUUCGAUGCGAGCCUUCUAUUGUGGCACAUUGCUACUGAUCUCUGCUUUCACACUCGUAGAGCAAGCACAGCUGCUAAUACUAAGGAUAGCAAUGCUGAUGAUAGGGAUGUUUGUCUUUUGUCUAAGCUUUUGUCAGAUUACAUGUUAUAUAUUCUGAUUAUGCAGCCCACAAUGAUGUCUUCCGUGGCAGGUAUUGGGAAGAUAAGAUUCAGAGAUACCUGUGCCGAUGCCAAGAGAUUUUUUUGUAGAAGAAAAACCGGAAAGGCCGAGAUGGAGAAGAAGUUCAGUCUGAAUAAUAUCUUCGCUGUUGAAAAAUAUUUCUGCAGCUGCAAAUCAUGUAUGGAUAUACUUCGCUUCAAGAAAUGCUGUUGCAAAGAGAAAACAGGAUGGGAUGAAGUGCACAAACAAGCCUGCAGAAGUAUCCUUGAUGUUGAUACAGUAGUUAAACCUGUUGCUGUUAGGGGAAAUAGAAGCAAAUCUGUGUUGUUUGAUGCUUGCAUUCUGGCAAAAGAGCUGGACAAAUUAGGAGAGGAAAGGAAAUGGGUGAUAAUUAGCAAAGUUUGGGUUGAAAUGUUGUGCUACGCUGCGUGCCGUUGCACACCCACUAGCCAUGUAGCGGAACUGAGUAAAGGUGGGCAGCUCAUUACUUUGGUUUGGUUGUUGAUGGCUCAUUUUGGCUUGGGGGAUCAGUUUCAAAUUCGUGAAGGCCAUGCAAGGGCAAAACUAAUUGUGGAGAAGUAG